GUUAACUAGCUAGUCCAAUCAUGCAACUAGCUAGCUAACGUCAGCUAGGCUAACGCCUUGAUGUCCUUGAACUCUUUGAGUUCGCUAAUCCUUAAUCUUCGGUAAUACUAAAGUUGUAUGCUAGUAACGUUAGUUACCGGGCAAAAGCAGAUCCCUUACUUGCUUGACAAAAACCGAGGUACCUAUCUAGCAACAAGAUGCCUCCGAAGAAGCAGAAAAACCCGUCGGUGAACAUCUCCAGCUCGCUAGAGGAGUCGGAAGAAUUCAGUCUGGAGACCACGGUGCCCACCGAAGACAUCUCAUCGUCGGACGAACGAGACGGGACCGGGGCCCAGAAAGUCACUCGGCAGCUCAUCGAAAGGAAAGAGCUACUACACAACAUUCAGCUGUUGAAAAUAGAGAUGUCGCAGAAAAACCUCAUCAUAGAUAACAUGAAAGUGGACCACUUGACUAAGAUGGAGGAGCUGGAGGAGAGGCUGAAUGAUGCCCUGCACCAGAAACAGAUCCUGGUCCUGAGACUGGACAGCCAGCUGCAACUCACCCAGGAUGAGAGCAGGAAGCAACAGGCUCUGAGGAAGCAGGAAAUGGACGGGAUCCUACUGAGACAGAAGCAGCUUGAGGAGACCAACAGACAGCUGUGUGACAAGGCAGGAGACCUCCGACGCAGCCUCAGGGACCUGGAGCUCACUGAGGACAAAUACAAGGAGCUCCGAGAUAUCCCAGAGGAGAAACUAUCUAUCCCUGAAUACGUAGCGGUGUGUUUCUAUGAGGUGGUGAGUCCUCUCAAAGCCCAGCUCUCUGAGCUCCAUGUCAAGAGGACCAGCCUGGCAGACGACCUGGACACACACAGGGCUCAGAUCACAGCCCUUAUGGAGAGUUAUGAGGAGGAGCGGAGGUUGAGGUCAGAGGUGGAGAUCAGGAGCCAGAGACUAACUCUUGAGCUGGCUGACACUAAACAGCUGAUCCGGGAGGGAGACUACAAACGGGACAACUACGCUAACGUCAAACGGUGAGGGAGAGGAAAGUGGCGUGACGCGUUUGAGUGUGAGGUGAGAGAGUUGAGGAGGAGACUGGAGCUGUUGGAUAACGACCAUAACGUCCAGACCAGGGAGAGGAACGAACUGAGUGAAGAGGUGUCUACUCUGCAGCAGUCAGUGACUCUCCUCCAGAAGGAUAAGGAGUAUCUUCACAGACAGAGCAUGGAGCUGAAUGUCCGCUGUUCCCACCAGGAGGACCGCUUAGAGAGGCUGCACACCCAGCUGGACGACACCCAGAGGGCCAGGGAGGAGGUCUACGACAAAUACGUAGCUUCCAGAGACCACUACAAGACAGAGUACGAGAAUAAACUUGCUGAGGAGCUGGAGAACAUUCGUCUGAAGACCAGCCAGGAGAUCGACAGCCUGCAGAGGACCUCCAAGGAGAUGUACGAGAGAGAGAACAGGAACCUUCGUGAGACGCGUGACAACGCAGUGCUGGAGAAGGACAGAGCGAUGACAGCAGAGAGAGACACACAGGCCAGAUACGACCAGCUACUAGAACAGUUCCGUGGCGUCCAGGCGGGGACAGACAGCCGGGUGGCAGAGCUCCUGAACCAGGUGAAGCUGAAGAGCUUUGAGGCAGAGCGCUCUCAGAUGGUGCAGGAGGAGACUGCCAGGAACCUGGGACGGUGUCAGAUGGAGUCGGAGAAACACCAGAAGAAACUAGAGGUCCUGACCAAGGAGUUGUACCGGCUGCAGACGGCCUCAGAGAAGCAGAUAACAGAACUCCAGGCCCAGAACGCUGAGCACCAGGCCAGACUAGAGACCUACGAGAGACUGGAGCAGGAGCUGGACGACGUCACCGUGCAGGCUGCUGAAAUUGAUAAUGAAGAGGAAGCGGAGAGAGUUCUGUUCUCCUACGGUUACGGCGCUAACGUUCCCACAACCGCCAAGAGACGACUCAAGCAGAGUGUCCAUCUGGCCCGUAGAGUGUUGCAGCUGGAGAAACAGAACACACUGCUGAGGAGGGAUCUGGAGAGACGCAACACACACACAGGACAGAUCUCCGAG